AUGUCCGAUUACGCUUCUCUGAAAGUUCCCGAGCUGAAGAAGCUCCUUCAGGAGAAGAGUCUCCCCGUCACCGGCAAUAAGGCCGAUCUGAUCGCGCGCCUACAGGAGCACGAUAAACCUAAAGCCGAACCUGCUCGCGAGAACGAAGAUGAAAUUGACUACAGCGAUGACGAUGUGCCCACUGCAACGAAGUCGACAGAACCUGCGAAAGCUGCCGAGCCCACCCCAGCCCCGGCUGAGGAUAAGCCUGUAGAAUCUAGUAACAGUGAACCAACCAAGGAAGCAACCGAGUCUACCGCGACGGCAGACAAACCUGCCGAGCCCGAGGCCAUAUCAGAAGAGACCGCUACGGCCGAGGCUCUAAAGGCUGACUUCUCUGCACACCUUCCGGCAUCUAAUGCCGACGAAGAGGCGCGCAAGCGUGCUGAGCGAGCUAAGCGAUUCGGUAUUGUUGAGGAUGAGGAAGACAAGAAGAAGACCGCGCGUGUCGAGCGCUUCGGUGUAGAUCAAUCAUCCCUAGCUAAGGGUCUCGAUUCUGCCCUACCCGAGAAGAGAGCGCCAAAGCGAGGACGGGAAGGAGGUAACGCGGAAGGCGAGCGAGGCGCCAAGCGUCAAAAUCCUGGCGGCCGACAUCGAGGCAAGGGUCGUUUUCGCGGGAGACAAGGCGGCGCUCCUAGAAAGGAGGGUAGCUCUGCCGGCCCAAAGGGCAAGUCUGGCAUUUUCAAUGAUCCGACUGAGAAGGCUAAGGCAGAAGCCCGUGCGAAGCGAUUUGGUGGUGGUUCUUGA